AUGCAAGGUGCCAUCUUACUCGCCAAAGAAAACAAGGAUUUACGCGCCGCCAACGAGAAGCAGAAGCAGAAGCGUACUAGAUCCCGGAGGCAGAUACCUACUGAAGAAGGCCUCUCAGUUCUUGAAGCUUCUCAAUUGAUUACCGAGCCGGUUGAAGCGGUUGAAGCGCCUCCCCCCCGGCCGGCAGAGAAGGCCUUCGCCACCUUUACAGCCCCGAACGAGAGCAUUACCAACAUGCGGGCUAUGUAA